UGCUUUUCGACAUAUAAUAAACCAUGACAUAAUGAAACCUCAACCAUCCUCACUGUAUCCAUCAUGUGUUAAAACAAAAUUGUACAUAAGUAAUAACCAAUUUUAUUUUAACUAUUCGGGAAGAGAGGUUUAUGAUUUGAGCGGAAGCUGCUGAGAGAGGAAAAUCAUGGAGGAUCAUCAUCAUCUUCCCGAGAAUUUGAAACCCUUCUUUCACAGAGCCACUGAAGCUCAGGAGCGAUUGGCUAAGCUUGAAGCUGCUCUUGCGUCGACCAAGACAGACAUUCCGGAUGCUAAACUUGUGGAGGAAAACAAACAACUUCAGUCAAAGCUCGAAGAAGCUAACGCCACUGUGAAGCAAGAACAGACUAAGGUGAAGGACUUGACCAUUGAAAACGCCAAGCAUAAGUACCGUAUAUUGCAUCUUGUGCGGGCUCUAAAGGAUGCUGAUCAGAAGCUUGAGAGGCUCUCUAAAUGAUUUCAUUCUUCUGUCUCUUUUUUUUAUUCCUUCUCUUUGACAUUCCCUUACUGAGGAAAUGUUAUCCUUCUUUAACUGACAAGAUAUCAUAAUGGAUUGAUUGUUUGCUACUCCUAUCUUAUUGUGUGUGUAUGUGUGUGUGUGUUUUGAGUUUCAUAAGCAAAUCUGUAGUUUAUAGAUAAGCAAUGUCCAUACAUGUGAUCCUGAGGAAGAGUAGAUUAGCUUACACCACAUUGUUAAUGAGCUUAGGAACAGCAUUGGCUAUUCAAGUAGGAUCAUUCUUCUUGUGCUUACUGCAUUUACUGUGGUUUUGCUCUGACCUUAAGUCAUUGGUCAUUUUAGUCACUUUGCUGGUAUCUUUGAGUAGCUCAGAAUCUGCCUGCCAUCAUCAGGCCUAGAUUUCUGCUGCUUCUUCUUUAUUGAGUUUUGCACUUGUUACAUUUAACAAGGCGUUGCUUUGUAGCCAUACGCAAUGAUGGCUCGAGAAGCAAGGUCUAAUUUCAGCUUCAUGGUAAAGAGGUUCUUUAGCAGCAAUGGUUUCAUCCUUCAAUCUCUCUGCAUAUUCUUUUGUGACCAAACUCAUAAGAACCUCUUUUCAGCUACAGGGAGCAUUUGCCUUUUUUCCCCUUUCGAUUUUGAAACCAAAAGUCUCAUAAGCAAAUGAUUAUGUGCAACACAACGGACAG